AUGUAUGUUUGCACAUUUAGUCAGGUUCCUGCAUUCUUAAAUGUCGUUGACAUCGCUGGCUUGGUAAAAGGCGCUCACGAAGGACAAGGAUUGGGGAAUGCAUUCCUUUCACACAUCAAUGCCUGCGAUGCCAUAUUCCUUAUGUGCAGACUGUUCAGCGAUGAGACCAUUGUACAUGUAGAAGGCGAAGUGAAUCCGGUCGCUGACCUGGAGGUGAUUUUCGAUGAGUUGCGAAUGAAAGACGUCCAGUUUAUCGACAGUAUUUUGGAAAAAUUGGUGAAAACGGUGGUACGAGCCGGAGACAAAAGUCAUAAGUUUGAAUACGAAACGUUGCAGAAAGUGAAGAACGUUCUCAUGGUCGAAAACCGUCACGUCCGUUUUGAAACUUGGUGCGAGAAAGAGAUUGAAAUUCUGAACAAGCAUCUAUUUUUGACGGCCAAACCGAUCGUUUAUUUGCUCAACAUGGCAGAAGAGGAAUAUAUUAAGAAGAAAAAUAAAUGGUUUGUUCGGAUUUCGAAGAUAAAGGGUUUCGUAGACGCACACGAUCCAAAUGCGAUAAUUAUUCCUCUUUCGGCCACCUUGGAAAGCAAGCUACAGGACAUGACACCAGAAGAAAGAAAAGAGUUUUUGAAGAAAAACAAUACGCACAGCGCGAUGGAAAAAAUAAUGAAGGUCGGUUACAACGCCCUCCAACUGGAGUACUUUUUUACCUGUGGCAAGGACGAAGUUAAAGCUUGGUCGAUACAGAAAGGAACGAAGGCGCCACAAGCGGCAGGCAGAAUUCACACCGAUUUCGAGAAAGGGUUUAUCAUGGCGGAAGUGAUGAAGUUUGACGACUUUAAAGCUGAAGGAUCAGAAAGUGCUGUUAAGGCUGCCGGAAAGUACCGACAACAAGGUAGAAAUUACGUGGUCGAAGACGGCGACAUAAUAUUUUGCCGCGGCACCGAAAAAAUCGUAUACACCUUACUGAGAAACUGUUUUAACGAGCAGGCGGAACAUCGCAUUUACGUACGUUUAUUAGGACAGUGCCACAGUUUAAAACGGAAUAACAUCUUGUGA